AUGCUGCGCGGCUCGUCACUGCUGCUGCUCCUGGCGUCUGCCGCGGCGAAUUCCAUGCUCUAUCCCCAUGCCAGGCAAGAUGCUUUUACACAUGUGACCACCAAACCCACGACCCCUUACAGCGGUCAGAAGCCUGGAACCUCGGGACUUCGUAAGAAGACUCGUGACUUCAUGCAGAAGGAUUAUCUUGCCAACUUCGUACAGAGUGUCUUCAAUACUCUCGUUGACCAGAAGGUUCCUGUCGAGAAGGGAACCUUGGUCAUCUCCGGAGACGGGCGCUACUUCAACAAAGAGGCCAUCCAGAUCAUCGCCAAGAUCGCAGUUGCUGCUGGUGUGGACAGACUGUGGAUCGGACAGAAUGGCCUCCUUUCUACCCCAGCGGCCAUCGGCGCCUUUAUUCUCUCUGCAUCCCACAAUCCUGGUGGCAUCGAUGAGGAUUUCGGCAUCAAGUUCAACGGGAUGAAUGGAGCUCCUGCUCCUGAGCAAGUUACCAACAGCAUCUUCGAGAAGACCAAGCAGAUCUCUGAGCUGAAGAUGGCCGAUGACCUGCCCGAGAUCGACAUCAGCAAGAUUGGAAAGACGAAGUACGACUCUCCCGAUGGGAAGAAGCACCUCGAGGUGGAAGUGUUCGACAGCACCGAAGAUCACGUGAACCUCUUGAAGAAGUGCUUCGACUUCGACAAGAUCAAGCAGUUCGUCUCGAGGAAGGACUUCAGCAUGUGCUACGAUGCCCUCCAUGGCGUUCAGGGCCCCUAUGCCAAGAAAGUCUUCUGCGAUACCUUCGGCCUUCCCUCAUCCAUCCUCCUCAAUUGUGAGCCCAAGGAAGACUUCGGAGGACCCAACUCGCCUUCCCACGGACACGCUGACCCCAACUUGGCUAACGCAAGAGAGCUCUGCGACCGCAUGGGAGUUGGCAAGGAUGGAAUGCCGAUCGAGGGACACAAAGGAGACAUCCCCGCCUUUGGCGCUGCAGCGGACGGGGAUGCUGACCGCAACAUGAUCUUGGGAUCCAAGGUCUUCGUUAGCCCCUCAGAUUCUCUUGCAAUCAUCGCUGACAACAUCGAGUGCAUUCCUUUCUUCCAAAAAUCCGGCCUCAAGGCGGCAGCAAGGAGCAUGCCGACCAGCAGAGCUCUCGACCUUGUCUGUGAGUCCAAGAAGAUUCCCUGCUUCGAGACCCCCACCGGAUGGAAGUUCUUCGGCAACCUCAUGGACUGCGAGCAGUACCAGCCCUUCCUCUGCGGAGAGGAGAGCUUUGGAACUGGAUCCAACCACAUCCGCGAGAAGGACGGGAUGUGGGCCGUGCUUGCAUGGCUGCAGAUCCUUGCUUCCAAGAACCCUGACCAGGCACUGCGAAGCAAGCCCCUGGUCACCGUAGAGGACAUCGUGAGAGCUCACUGGAGCAAGUACGGCAGGAACUACUACGUGCGCUAUGACUACGAGGGGGUCGAGCUGGCCCAGGCAGAGAACAUGAUGAAGUACAUGUCGGACAUGGCUGGCAAGUGGCCGGCCGACGCCUUCAACGGCAUGGAGAUUGAGACUGCUGAUGUCUUCAAGUACAACGACCCUGUCGACAAGUCCGUCUCCGACAAUCAGGGCAUUCGAUUCAUCUUCAAGAAUGGCUCCCGCAUCGUCUUCCGCGUUAGCGGAACAGGAGUGGUCGGGGCGACUAUCCGCCUCUACCUCGAGAAGUACGAGGGUCCAUCAGGAAACUUGAACGCUCACCCACUUGAAACUGUGAAGCCGAUCGCCGAGCUGGCAUUGAAGCUCUCCAAGUUGGAGGAGUUCACCGGCAGGAAGGCUCCGUCAGUGAUGACAUGAAGUCCUUGAUGCCAUGACGCGCUGUAUGAGAUGAAGAGACGAGAAUUACUCGGCUUGACUUGUCAGAGUCCCUACCACUUUCUCCUUCACUCUUUCAUUCACGUAAAUCUCAAACAACACG